AUGCGCAUUGCCAUCCACGAUCACAAUGAUGACAUUCCACGCCGGGUGUUCCCGCCUGAACUGGAGUCGCUUGGUGAGGACGCUUACAUCAGGGUCUUUUGCUCAUCGUCGAGAAGCUUACCCACUACGAUUUUUCAGGAGCUAAGUGGUCCCUGUCUUGAUAGGGAUGUUCAGAGCCUGCUCCUUGCUCCUGUUACUGCUAAGGAUAUUAAGGAUACCCUGUUCUCUAUUGGGAAUGAUAAGGCUCCUAGUCCUGAUGACUUCUCCUCUGUCUUUUUCAAGAAGGCUUGGGGUGUUGUUGCGGUUGAUUUCUGUGCAGCAGUGAAGGAUUUCUUUAUUUCUAGUGCUCUUCUGAAACAAGUGAACCAUGCUGUGAUUGCUUUGAUCCCAAAGUCUGUAAAUGUGAAUUCUGUGAAGGAUUUUAGACCUAUUUCUUGUUGUAAUGUUACUUAUAAAGUCAUAUCUAAAAUUCUUGCUGGUAGAUUAGCUAAGGCAUUACAGUGUAUCAUUAGUCCUGCUCAAAAUGCCUUCUUGGGAGGGAGGAAAAUGGCAGACAACAUUUACAUGGUUCAGGAGUUGCUUAGGAACUAUGGCAGGAAAAGAUCUUCUCCUAGAUGCCUUAUUAAGAUUGAUUUCUGUGUGGAGACCACUUCUUUUUCUGUGGCUGUUAAUGGAGAUCUUUUUGGGUUCUUUCCUGGCAAGGGUGGUAUAAGACAAAGGAAUCCUCUUUCCCCUUAUUUAUUCAUUGCUAGCAUGGAGUAUUUUGCUAGAUUGCUGAAUAUUGCAUCUGCAAACCCUGAGUUUAAGUAUCAUCCUAAGUGUCUCCAUCAGAAAAUUACUCAUCUGGCCUUUGCAGAUGACAUACUGUUGGUUGCUAGGGGUGAUAGGUCUUCUGUGCAUAUUCUUCAUCAGCAACUGUUGCAUUUCAAUAGUGUUUCUGGUCUGGAGAUAAAUGCUAGAAAGUCCUCCAUUUAUUUUGGUGGAGUUGGUGGUGAAACCAAGCACAGAAUCCUUCAAGCUACUGGGUUUUCUGAGGGAUCUUUUCCUUUUAAGUAUUUGGGGGUUCCUCUUAGUCCUCAUAGGCUGUUAGUAAGUCAGUUCUCUCCUCUGUUGGAAAAGUUGGAAAUGGCCAUCCAGAGCUGGUUGGGGAAGCAUUUGUCCUAUGCUGGUAGACUGGAGCUUCUUAAGUCUGUUUUGCAGGGAAUGGUCCAAUUUUGGAUUGGCAUUUUCCCUAUGCCUGAGCAGGUUAUUAAAAAGAUUACUGGUUUGUGUAGGAAUUUUUUUUGGAGUGGCAAUGCUUUUGGGAGAGCUUCUGCUCCUGUAGCUUGGGCUAAUGUAUGUCUGCCAAAGAAAGAAGGGGGUUUAGGGCUUAUGGAUCUCAGGGCUAGGAAUCUCAGUUUCAUUGCCAAUCAUUUAUGGAACAUUCAUAUUAAAGCCGACUCUUUAUGGAUACAGUGGGUGCAUCAUUACUAUUUGAAUCAAACUCCUAUAUGGCAUGCUGGUUUGAUUAAGAACUCUUCUCCUCUGUGGAAAGCUAUCUUUAAUCUCAAAAAACAGCUUGUCCAGGAUUGUGGAGGGCAGAAUCAGGUCAUAAGUCUUAUUCAAAGCUGGCACAAUGGUCCUCAUUUGGUGUCCAGCUGUGCUUAUGAGCAUUUUAGAGUUAAAAACCCCAAUGUUGGUUGGGUUAAUGUGGUGUGGGAAGUUUGGUCCUUGCCUAGAUAUAGUUUUAUUCAUUGGCUUACUGUUUUGGGGAGACUGAGAACAAGAGAUAGGUUAAGAUUUGUGCCUACUGAUACCUACUGUAUUUUCUGCAGGCAAGAGGAAGAGUCUCAUAUGCAUCAUUUCUUCAAUUGUAGUUGGACUUCUGACUUUUGGAGAAAGAUUACCUGUUGGCUAGGAAUUAAUAGAAGAAUGGCUACUUUGACUAGUGCUAUCAGAGGGCUGGGAAGGGGUAGUAAGGUCUCUGUUGCUAGAAUGAGGAGAGUUUCCCUAGGCUUGAUUCCCCCUUCCUCCAGUAGUUCAUUAGGGUGGCUUUUAAAUGUUUUGGGAGUCAUGUCUAGUGGGGGUUUUAUGUUGCUCCUGGUGGCUGCCAGUGUGGCUUUCCUUACUUGGUGCUCUGGUGGAAGAGUGGGAGCUGCUAUUUUCUCCUCUGGCUAUGAUUGGGAAGGGUUUGUUGCUAUGGUGAUGGGUUCUUUUAUGGUGCUUGGUUCUGGCUCUGGUUGGUUUGGUUUUGGUACUCUGGUGGGAGUAAUGGAGAUGUAUCUGGUUGUUUGCUAUGCUGGUUAUUCUCUAUUGCUUUGGUUUGGGUUGGUUCUGGUUUCUGCUGGGGGUGUUGGAGCUAUUCUGGUUGCUUCUUUUCUUCUUUGCCUUUGCUUGUCGUCCUCUGUUUGCUCCUGGAGUGCUAGGUUGCUUGUUGCCAGCUGCUUCUCUGGGUUCAUCCCAGCUUUGUUCCCCCGGCAUGUCAGGGUGUAUUUGAUUGUAUAUAAACUCUCUGGUUUUUCCAGUUGUGUUACUUUUGAUCUUUAA